GGGAAGGUACUAGCCAUUUUUCAAAGUACAGUAGAACACUUGUGGGUGCGUCCUAAAUGGCACCCUAUUCCCUAUAUAGUGUACUACUUUUGACCAGGUGCCAUUUGGGAUGCAACCGGUGUCUUCCAUGGUGGGUUGUCGGAGGGUAGGGUGAACAGAGCUGCAGUAACACUGGUGGUUGAACAUAGCUCACGCCAUGGCAGGAGCAUCCACCAUAGUAGUUUUGGGGCUUUUGUUCCUCACGGAAUGCCACUCGGCCCCAAUGCCGUGUGGGGAGAUGGUGGGGCGUCUGCAGGCUGAGAUGGAGGACCUGGUGAGGGUGAUCAAUGACCAGCACCGCUACAUCCAGGGGCUUCACCACAGCCAGGCCCAGAAGCUGCCUCAGAUCCCCCAGACACACCUCCAGACCGGGGACCAGUACAAAGACUGCACUGAGAUCUUUAAGGAUGGGAACUCAGUUAGUGGCCUGUAUAUGAUCAGACCGGACCGGUCUCCCUCCUCCUUCAUGGUGUUCUGUGACAUGAGUGACGGAGGAGGCUGGACUGUCUUCCAGAGGAGAAAGGACGGAACCGAGUCCUUCGACAGAGCGUGGGUGGAGUAUAAGCAUGGCUUUGGAGACAGCCAGUCAGACGGAGAGUUCUGGCUAGGGAACGACCCCCUACACUACCUCACCUCUCAAGGCGACUACGACCUAAAGAUCAACAUGGAGGACUUUGAUGGAAAACAGCGCUUCGCCAAGUACAAAAACAUGAAAGUGGAUGAUGAAAAGGACCAGUAUCAGCUUCAUCUGGGUGAUUACACUGGCAAUGCGGGGGACGCCCUCCCCGAAGCCCACCCCCCUCGCAGUGGACAGUGGAACAGUCUAGGGGCCGGUCAGCUGGGAGUCAAGUUUAGUACCUACGACCAUCCCAACAAGGAGGACGAUGAGAAGUGUAUCCGCCAUGACAAGUCAGGCUGGUGGUUCAGCAAGUGUGAGUCUGGCAACUUGAACGGUCACUACUACAACAGGCCGUACCAAGCGGUGAUGGACGACGGGGUUGUCUGGUACACCUGGCACGGCUGGUGGUAUUCAAUCAAAUCCGUAGUCAUGAUGAUCCGGGCCUCCGACGUCCAUCCAACUGGAUCUGAUGUCCAACUGACCAGAACGCCAGAUGACGUCGAUCCUUUUAGAGUUUUGCCUCAAUUAGGAUAGGCUGAAGGUGGUGUUACAUCAUAGAGAACAUCCAAUCAUAACCAUCUUGAUGCUCAUUCUCAUUUGUCAAGCCAGUGAGAUUUAAAGAGAUUUUCUGGUAAUUUUAUAUUUUUUUAGCCAGUAGUUCUGAAAGUAGCACUCACGAGCCAAAAGUGGUCCCCGAACAUUGCGUACUACGUCACAUAUGUAAAGAUAUGUGUACCACGUCAUUGCUCUCUCUCUCUCUGCGGUGUCCACUAAGCUGUUGGGCCUGCCCUACAACCUCAUUGGAUAAUGCUGGGCAGGCUUCUUGCUAGCUGUCACUCAAAUGCGAGGGGCUGAAGCUCAUUGGCUAGAACUCAAAUUGCUAGGGGGCUUGCACAUUUGGGUGGGAAAUGUAGGGAAAAUGACACACCACAGCUUGAAAAGAACAGUCGCUUUCAAACUAGGGAUUUCAAGGCUAAUUGAGGUAAAACAGUAAUUCUGCUCAUAGGUUAUUAAGGGAUUACAUUUAUUUUCAUCGUCAAUUGCACACCAAAAAUGUAUUUCAGCUUUUAACCCAACCCCUUUGAAUCGGAGAGGUGUGGGGAGCUGUUGUUGUGGGGGGGUUCACUGCCUUG